ACGCACCCUGAUUGGUCGAGACGGGGCACUUGCUGCCAUCCUCCUUUCGCGGGUCAAUGGCCGACGUCUGUUGAGCUUCUGCCUGCCGCAACACCCUUACAAAACUUUUACUCUCUCGAAGAACUGGUAUACUAUCCAGAGACGAUUUGUGACGCUCAUCCGAAACUCGUUGAACUCAGGCGCUGUGAAAAAAUGCUCACGGCUUUGCGUCAUCAUGUGCCAUUGAGCCGCAUGAUUAAAUUCCACACAGCAAGAGGGCUCUUGUGUCCGAAAUCUGCCUUGAAAACCGCUCCUGCAGACCUGUUAGAGAUGCCGCCAUGCAGCUUCACACCGCAAGAAUACAAGGUGACAACAAGCAGUCUGCUAGCACGGAGCCCGUCUCAACUCACUUUGGGGGAUGUCCAAAGAGCGUAUGAUGGAGAUCCGUCGGACAAUCUGCCAUCCCAUGACCAUGAAGGUGACUUACUAUAAGAAGCCGGUCUACAUCCAUCAGGGUCACAUGCAGUGGCUAUGGGACGUAGAUGGGAAGCGCUAUCUGGAUUUCUUUGCCGGCGUGGCCACCGUCAGCGUGGGCCACUGCCACCCAAAAGUGACGGCGGCCGCAGAGCGGCAGCUGAGGACUCUGGUCCACACCACCAACAUCUAUGUUUAUCCUCCCAUCCACGAGUACUGCGAAAAGCUGGCGUCCAGCUUGCCUGAUCCUCUCAAGGUAAUCUACCUAACCAAUAGCGGCUCAGAGGCCAAUGACCUGGCCAUGUGUAUGGCCCGACUCUACACUCGCAACUUUGACAUCAUCACUUUCAGGGGGUCGUACCACGGAGGUAGCCCGCAGGCCAUGGGUCUGACUGCACAACAAGCUUACAAAUACCCUGUCGCCAUUGGCUUGGGCUGCACAAACACCAUGUGUCCUGAUGUGUUCAGAGGUCCCUGGGGGGGAAGCCACUGCAGAGACUCUCCUGUGCAGACCACCAGAAAAUGUAACUGUGCCCAAGGCUCCUGCGUGGCAAACGAACGCUACAUUGAACAACUCAAAGAGACGUUUCUCACCAGUGUCCCGAGUCAAAUUGCUGCUUUCUUUGCUGAGCCUAUUCAGGGGAUCGGUGGCGCCGUGCAAUACCCAAAACACUUCCUGAAGGAGGCGUACAAACUUGUGAGAGAGCGAGGCGGCCUCUGCAUCGCUGAUGAGGUACAGACGGGAUUUGGCCGAACGGGGAGCCACUUCUGGGGAUUUCAAGGUCACGACGUUCUUCCUGAUAUCGUGACCCUGGCAAAGGGCAUCGGGAACGGCUUCCCAAUGGGAGCGGUGGUUACAACACGGGAAAUCGCAGACACGUUUGCACAGGGUGUUCAUUUCAACACCUUUGGAGGAAACCCAUUGGCUUGUUCCAUCGCCUCAUCUGUCAUUGACACCAUCAAAGAAGAAGGACUGCAGCAGAACAGUCUGGAGGUGGGCACCUACCUGAUGAUGGAACUCGCCAAGCUCAGAGACAAGUAUGACAUCAUCGGGGACGUCCGUGGCAAAGGACUGCAAAUCGGCGUGGAAAUGGUCCGAGACAAGGCCAGCAGAGUGCCGCUUCCACCUGAGGACAUGUCCGCCAUCUUUGAGGACAUCAAAGACAUGGGCAUCCUUGUCGGGAAGGGAGGACUUUAUGGACAGACCUUCCGCAUCAAACCUCCCAUGUGCAUCACGAUGGCAGACGCAGCCUUCUUCUUGUCCGUUUUUAACAAGUCCAUCCAGCGCUUCUUGGAGAAAAGAUGAGCCCAGUCAAGGACAAAGUGCAAUUAUCAUUGUCGACUUUCUUCCAGUCUUCACUUUAAAACCUCAUCUCUGUUGUUUUUUUUUUUUCAUCACCAUGACAACCGUUCUUCAAGCUGCGGUUGCUCAGGCAAAAACACAUUAACCAUGACGCAUAGCUGACAACAAAUCUUGUCAAUUACCUGUACAUGAUUUCAUAGCAAUUUGUGAUGACUUUGUUACUAAAAUGACUUUGUCACUAAAUGUAAAUGCAAUAAAAAGUAGGUGCUGUGUAA